AUGUCGAGCACUCGGCAUCCACCUGCCUACUGUCUCGAAACAAUGGAAGAUACUCCCAAAGGCAAUGGGGUCGUCCGAGAUUCCAGAUUUCGACGCUUCAACCUGUGUCAGACUCGGAAUCUCGCCAUUUUGUUUCUGUUCGUCAUUGUAUUAAUCAUAGCUGCUGUCUUGAGUGCGGGGACUGACGUUUUCGAGAGCAGAGAUGUGUCUCUUCCUGCUACCAACAAUGGUAAAGGGGGUGAUGAACUGGUGGAUUCUCUCAACAAUGGUGGUAAUGAUGAUGGUGAUAAAGGUGACAACGCGGAUGAUAUAGAUGACAUGAUCAAUAAGGUGAACUUGGAUUCCUUCAAUCCCAAACGAGACGGAGUUGACUUCAUAAGUCCCAUUUGCAACUACACUUGUCAGACGGAUCGGUUACCCCACGAGACCCCAUUGUAUCCCGGACAAGUCUUGUGCAACGAAAUGCACCGAUUUGGCAUGACGGAAGAGGGAGAAUUCUUUUUGCAAAAUUGUCAAUUGACCGAUCAGAACGAUGGCAAGUUGACCGUAUUUUGGUCCGCAAAGGAGGCUCAAUUGGCACCGGACCAAUAUCCAAUUCAUUUUGAAAUGGAAAAGAAUGGUUACUUUCAAAUCAUUUCGGACCCAUCGGGGCAAGUGUUGUUUGAAAAACGUCCCACACGAAACGUCACCUUUCAUCGUUUGUGUCUAAACAACAGACCAAAGUUGCAUUGUCCAUAUCUGCAUUUACACAACGAUGCAGUGGUAGUUUUGAAUUGGAUCGAUGACGUUCAGGGAAGGUGGAUGGCUCGGAAUGUGAAACACGAAUAUGUUGAAUUGUUUCCGGAAGACAUCGGUGAUGAAGGCGCUGAUGAUAAUGCUGGCGCUGAUGACACCACGAAUGAUGAAGAUGAUGUGGAUGACAUGAUCAACAAGGUGCACUUGGAUGCCUUUAAUCCCAAACGAGACGGAGUUGAAUUCAUUAGUCCAAUUUGCAACUACACUUGCCAGACGGAUCGAUUACCCCAUGAAACCCCAUUGUAUCCCGGACAAGUCUUGUGCAAUCAAAUGCAUCGAUUUGGCAUGACAGACCAGGGAGAAUUCUUUGUGCAAAAUUGUCAAUUGACCGAUCAGAACGAUGGCAAGUUGACCGUAUUUUGGUCCGCAGCAGUUGUUUGA